AUACAGUUAAAAAACUUCAGGACCAAAAGCAUGACAUGGAAAGAGAGAUAAAGAAUCUUCACAGGAGACUGCGGGAGGAGUCAGCAGAGUGGCGCCAGUUCCAGGCAGACCUGCAGACUGCAGUGGUGAUUGCAAACGAUAUCAAGUCCGAGGCCCAGGAGGAGAUCGGGGACCUGAAGCGCAGAUUACACGAAGCUCAGGAGAAGAACGAGAAGCUCACGAAGGAGCUGGAGGAAAUCAAGUCACGCAAGUAUGCAAGGGACAGCAGGGAGAGGGUCUCCUUGGGCAGGGGGGUACAGUUUUGGAAAUCCAGUGGUUUGACUCCAGAAGUUCCUAAAUCCUCUCGUGAGGAUCCGUGUUUCAAGAAGCUGCUUUAUCCAGGCUUUCCACGGUCAACAUAG